AUGGUCAAAGAUAGACCUUCACCUGUGCUUUUGUGCAUCAUACUUUUGUUAUCUAUCAACAGGGUUUCUUGUGCAGACCCUAUUGAUACUUAUUGUUCAAGUGAAUUCCCAACUUACACCCCCAAUAGUUCAUUCCACAAUAACCUCAAGCUUGUUUUGGAGUUGCUUUCCUCCAACAACGCUUCAAAGACGGGUUUCUAUAACACAUCUGUAGGAGAAGGGUCAAACAAAGUGUAUGCACAAGCACUUUGCAGAGGGGACAUCACCAACUCGACAGUAUGCAAAGAAUGCGUUGAGAAAGCAAGCCAAGAUAUAAUGAAUGAGUGUAAGAGUGAAGAUGCAAUAAUAUGGUAUGAGCUUUGCCAAGUUCGGUACUCCUUUCAGAUGUUUUUCUCAAGCAUGGUUUAUACUGGAAAGUAUCCAAAGCAAAAUGAUCAAGAGAAGAAUGUCUCAGACCCUGUUCGAUUUGAUGAAUUAUUGAUGUAUUUAAUGAAAAAUAUCUCAUAUGACGCUGCUUUUAAUCCCGCUAAGAACAUGUUUGCAUCAGGGGAAAUUGACUUUCCUGGAAAGAAAACAAUUUAUGGUCUAGUCCAAUGUACCAGGGACAUUUCUGAAACAGAUUGUAAUAGUUGUUUGAAUUCUGCGUUGACAGAACUUCUUGCAUGUUGCUCCUACCGGGAAGGAGGGAUUAUUCUUAGUCGGACUUGCAAUGUGAGGUUCCAAUUGUCUGAGUUCUUCAAUACUUCAUCAGCAUAUCUGUUGAUUUACCCAACUUCCAGAACAAUUCUUAUUGGGUUGUGCACUGCUUGCCUUCGACGAAUGAGUUAUAGAAAAAGAGAUGAAGAAAAAAGCAACAGGAUGCUACUACAAGAGUUGGCUAGCCCUAAGAAUGUAGCAAUUACUAAAGAAGGCGACUUGAUUAGUUCUGAUGAACUGUUGUUCAUGACUUUAGCACCCAUUAAGGCCGCAACUGAUGACUUUUCCGAUACAAAUAAGCUGGGACAAGGAGGGUUUGGUGCAGUGUACAAGGGUGUUCUAUCUGAUGGUAAUGAAGUAGCAGUCAAAAGAUUAUCAAGAAAGUCUUGGCAAGGCAUAGAGGAAUUCAAAAAUGAGAUCAUACUGAUUGCCAAACUUCAACACAGGAAUUUGGUGAGGCUAUUGGGUUGUGUCUUAGAGGGAGAGGAAAAGCUACUCAUAUAUGAAUUCAUGUCUAACAAAAGCCUUGACCAAUUUAUCUUUGAUCCAGAUAAACGUUCAAAACUUGAUUGGAACACCUACCAUGGCAUCAUUAAUGGCAUAGCCAAAGGACUACUUUAUCUUCACGAGGAGUCUCGAUUAAAAAUCAUUCAUAGAGACUUAAAACCAAAUAAUGUGUUGUUAGACCACGAAAUGGUUGCCAAAAUAUCUGAUUUUGGCAUGGCCAGGAUAUUUUCUGAGAAUCAGAACGCAGCAAACACUAAAAGAGUUGUGGGAACAUAUGGAUAUAUGGCACCAGAGUAUGCAAUGGAGGGGUUGUUCUCUAUGAAAUCUGAUGUCUUCAGCUUUGGCGUUAUCUUACUUGAAAUUAUCAGCGGGAAAAGGAAUAGCGGCUUUUACAUGACCGAACUUGCCCCGACGCUGCUAGCAUAUGCAUGGAGGCUAUGGAAUGAAGGAAAAGGAUUGGAUUUUGUGGAUCCAGUGCUAUUGGAAUCAUGUCAUUCCUUUGAAGUUCUAAGGUGCAUGCAAAUUGGACUACUAUGCGUGCAGGAAGAUCCGAGACAAAGACCCACCAUGUCAAAUGUGGUGGUUCUCCUGGGAAGUGAAUCAAUGGCUCUUUCCCAACCAAGACAACCAGCAUUUUCUAUGGGUAAGGUGCUUCAUGUCGAUCCAUCUACACCAACCAAUCCUUUCGUGAAUGAGAUUAUAUUUUCUGAUAUUUUACCACGAUGA